AUGGUGCUCCGACUGUUACUCUUCACAGGCCUCUGGCUCACAGUGGUUUCCAACGUCCUUGCUUUCCCUGGAGCCAAGAAGCAAGAGCAGCAGCGCUCAUCCUCGAGGAAGCCAAGCAGGAGAAAACGUCUUAAAUAUUUUUCUUGUUUUUUAUUUUUUUACAGCAAAAGGGAAAUUAAAAUGAAGAAGAAAGACAGUACAAAAGUAUGGCCACUAAAGCAUGUUCAGCUUCUCCACAUAGAGGACCAUGAUUUUGCAAUGAGGCCUGGUUUUGGAGGGGCACCAGUGCCAGUAGGUAUAGAUGUCCAGAUUGAAAGUAUUGACAGCAUUUCAGAAGUUGAUAAGGACUUUACAAUGACCUUUUACCUCAGACAUUACUGGAAAGAUGAACGGCUCUCUUUUCCUAGCAGAAGAAACAAAAGCAUGACCUUUGAUAGUAGAUUAAUCCAAAAGAUUUGGGUGCCUGAUGUAUUUUUUGUACAUUCCAAAAGAUCCUUCAUCCAUGACACAACAGUGGAGAACAUGAUGCUCCGAGUGUACCCUGAUGGUAAUGUCCUCUUCAGUCUCCGGAUAACAGUUUCUGCCAUGUGCUUUAUGGAUUUCAGCCGGUUUCCUCUUGAUACUCAGAACUGUUCUCUUGAACUAGAAAGCUAUGCAUAUAAUGAGGAAGAUCUGAUGUUGUACUGGAAGCAUGGAAACAAGUCCUUAAUCACAGAUGAGCACAUUUCCCUUUCUCAGUUCUUUGUUGAAGAGUUCAGUGCAUCUAGUGGACUAGCCUUCUACAGUAGCACUGGUUGGUACAACAGGCUUUUCAUUAAUUUUGUGCUAAGGAGGCAUAUUUUCUUUUUUGUCCUGCAAUCUUAUUUCCCAGCCAUGCUGAUGGUGAUGCUGUCCUGGGUUUCAUUUUGGAUUGACAGAAGAGCUGUUCCUGCCAGAGUUUCGCUGGGCAUCACCACUGUGCUGACAAUGUCCACCAUUAUGACUGGAGCCAGUGCCUCAAUGCCUCAGGUGUCUUACAUCAAAGCUGUGGAUAUCUACUUGUGGGUCAGUUUUCUUUUUGUGUUCCUGUCCGUGAUUGAGUAUGCAGCCCUGAAUUACCUCACCACAGUGGAAGAAGGAAAGCAAUUAAAAAAGAGAGGCAAGAUUUCUGGAAUAUAUAACAUUGAGGCAGUGCAAGCAAUGGCAUUUGAUGGUUGUUACCAUGACAGCGAGACUGAUAUUGACCUGGCACCCUUUUCUUUACAUUCAGAAGAAUACUCAGUGAACAGCCAAAACCCCAGCAUUUCGAACACUGAUUCAGCUCAGCUGAAGAGGAAGAAGUCUUUGAGAGGCCAUGUUGGCAAAAUCAUUCUUAAGAACAAUCACAUCAUUGACACCUAUUCUAGGAUUGUUUUUCCUGCCGUGUUUAUUGUGUUUAAUUUUUUUUACUGGGGCUUCUAUGUAUGAAGAGAGAUUUCCUGCAGCCAAGUUAUAUAAAAGCCAUUCUUAGGUUCACCGAAGAAUUAAUGAAAUGGAAAAAAGAGGGAGUUGCCUCAGUGCCCCAGGGUUAAAGAGGUCCCCAAUGGUUACAUUUGGAAUAUGUAAUGGAUUUGUAUGUGUAGCACCAAGGGACAGAAUCCUCUUAAUACUGUUGCCCACAAGCCCCCAGUAGUAUAUUUAUUUUGAAUAGUCUGCCAGAGGACAUACAGAGUUCCAACUAAAGACAUUUAAAGAGAUAGCAUGGUAAUAAAAGAGCACAACAUUCUUCUCAUAAACCUAACUCUCAA